AUGAAGCUGGGACUCACCUGGGCUCUGCUGUCCCUCCUAGCAGGGCACAGCAGUGCAGAAACCCGCGCCAUCGGGGCUGAGGAAUGUCCCCGCAACUCGCAGCCUUGGCAAGCGGGCCUUUUCUACCUCACCAGGCUCUUCUGUGGAGCAACCCUCAUCAGUGACCGCUGGUUACUCACAGCUGCCCACUGCCGAAAGCCGUACCUGUGGGUCCGCCUUGGGGAGCACCACCUCUGGCGGUGGGAGGGAUCAGAACAGCUCUUCCGGGUCACUGACUUCUUCCCUCAUCCUGGCUUCAACGAGGACCUGAGUGCCAAUGACCACAACGAUGACAUCAUGCUGGUCCGACUGCCCAGGCCAGCACGUCUAGGGUCUGCUGUGAAACCCAUCAAGAUCAGCGAGUCCUAUGCAACCCCAGGCACUGGGUGCCUCAUCUCAGGCUGGGGUGCCGUUUCCAGCCCCAAGGUGAAGUACCCGCUCACGCUGCAGUGUGCCAACAUCAGCAUCUUGGAAAACAAGCUUUGUCACUGGGCAUACCCUGGUCACAUCUCUGACAGCAUGAUAUGUGCUGGCCUGUGGGAGGGGGGCCGAGGCUCCUGCCAGGGUGACUCUGGGGGCCCCCUGGUUUGCAAUGGGACCCUGGCAGGUGUGGUGUCUGGGGGCUCUGAGCCCUGCUCCAGACCUGGGCGCCCUGCCGUCUAUACAAGCACAUUCCACUAUGUGGACUGGAUUCGAAAAACCAUGGAGGAGAACUGA